AUGGUUGCUAACACACGUAUCAGGCUAAUUACCUUUGACGCCUUUAACACUCUUUUUAGACAGAAAGUCAAUCCUAGUGUUAUUUAUGCUAAAGAAGCUCAUCGAUUCGGAAUCAAUGUUAAUCCCACGAAUCUUCAGGCAAAUUUUGGGCCUGUUUAUAAAAGUCAUGUAAAGGCAUUUCCAUUCUAUGGUCGUCAUCAAGGCAAAACACCUCAAUUGUGGUGGCAAGAGCUUGUUUACAAGACAUUCCUUAGCUCGGGUGUUUCUCAGAAAGAACUUGAUUCCAGCUUUGAUACCUUGUUUCACUCUUUAUACCAUCGAUUCACAUCAACAGAAAGCUAUGCUUUGUUCCAGGACACAUUACCUGGAUUAAAUAUCUUGCGUCAAAAGGGGUUUAGGAUGGGCGUUAUUAGUAAUUCAGAUGAGAGAUUAACGGAUAUCCUAAAGAGCUUGGAACUGGAAGGUUAUUUUGAUUUUGUUACCCUUAGUGUGGACGUUGGGCAUGAAAAACCCGACAAGGAUAUUUUUGAGGUUGCGCGUCGAGUUAAAGGCAAUUCAGACAUUGCACCAGAAAAUUGUCUACAUGUAGGCGACACAGAGAGAAAGGAUUACUAUGGUGCAUUAAAUGCAGGUUGGAACGCGGUCUUGUUGGAUAGAGAGAAACUUGAUUUUGAGGAACCUUUUGAAACAUCAGAUCCUAUUUUGAAAAAGAACACUCUGGUUUCUUUGGUAGAUUUGUAUCCUUUUAUCUUGAAGAACCUUCCAUAA